UCGAGUAGUCUAACUCAGACACAUUGAGAAGAAAGUAUUAAAGUAACAGACUGUUAGUUAUACUUUCGAAACUGCGAUAUAAAAGUUUCUAAAUGAAAUUCCUUGGAUUGGCAUUUGUGGCCCUUAUUGUGGUCGUCACCACACCAUCAUACGCAAAAAAAAUUCGUCGCCGACCAAGUUGCGACAAUGUAGCAGAUGGUACUGUUAUGAUAGAUAUAAUGAAAUGUGCGGGAUACUACGUGUGUAGGAGUGGUCGCGCGAUACAUAGAAACUGCCCCCUUGGACAAUUUUUGGAUGUGCAGACAAAUGCCUGCAAGUUGGCCAACCUGGUUGACUGCGUUAAUGUUAAUGGACUUGCGAUGCGAGCAAUUACAUCUUCUAACGUGAACAAGCAGGAUGGCGAAAUCGAAGGAAAUGCUGUGCAGACAGCAGCUCCUCCGUGUGAAACCACAACUCCACCGUGUGCAACGACAACUCCACCGUGUGAAACGACAACUCCACCGUGUGAAACUACAACUCCUCCGUGCGAAACCACAACACCGAAGAAACCAUGCAACAAAGUAACUCGUCCUCCCCCUAAAACACCCCCUCCCAGUGAAGCUACACCCACAACACCACCCUGUGAUAUUUCAACUCCUUCAACACCUAAAAGCUCUCCAACCACAACACCACCCCGUGAAACUCCAACUCCUUCAACGCCGAAAAGCUCUCCACCCACAACACCACCCUGCGAAACUAUAACACCACCCCGUGAAACUCCAACUCCUUCAACACCGAAAAGCUCUCCAACAACAACACCACCCUGCGAAACUAUAUCACCACCCCGUGAAACUCCAACUCCUUCAACACCGAAAAGCUCUCCAACCACAACACCACCCUGCGAAACUAUAACACCACCCCGUGAAACUCCAACUCCUUCAACACCGAACAGCUCUCCAACCGCAACACCACCCUGCGAAACUAUAACACCACCCCGUGAAACUCCAACUCCUUCAACGCCGAAAAGCUCUCCAACCACAACACCACCCUGCGAAACUAUAACACCACCCCGUGAAACUCCAACUCCUUCAACACCGAAAAGCUCUCCACCCACAACACCACCCUGCGAAACUAUAACACCACCCCGUGAAACUCCAGCUCCUUCAACGCCGAAAAGCUCUCCACCCACAACACCACCCUGCGAAACUAUAACACCACCCCAUGAAACUCCAACUCCUUCAACACCGAAAAGCUCUCCAACCACAACACCACCCUGCGAAACUAUAACACCACCCCGUGAAACACCAGCUCCUUCAACACCGAAAAGCUCUCCACCCACAACACCACCCUGCGAAACUAUAACACCACCCCGUGAAACUCCAGCUCCUUCAACGCCGAAAAGCUCUCCACCCACAACACCACCCUGCGAAACUAUAACACCACCCCGUGAAACACCAGCUCCUUCAACACCGAAAAGCUCUCCACCCACAACACCACCCUGCGAAACUAUAACACCACCCCGUGAAACUCCAACUCCUUCAACACCGAAAAGCUCUCCAACCACAACCCCACCCUGCGAAACUAUAACACCACCCCGUGAAACUCCAACUCCUUCAACACCGAAAAGCUCUCCACCAACAACACCACCCUGCGAAACUAUAACACCACCCCGUGAAACUCCAGCUCCUUCAACGCCGAAAAGCUCUCCACCCACAACACCACCCUGCGAAACUAUAACACCACCCCGUGAAACUCCAACUCCUUCAACACCGAAAAGCUCUCCAACCACAACACCACCCUGCGAAACUAUAACACCACCCCGUGAAACACCAGCUCCUUCAACACCGAAAAGCUCUCCACCCACAACACCACCCUGCGAAACUAUAACACCACCCCGUGAAACUCCAGCUCCUUCAACGCCGAAAAGCUCUCCACCCACAACACCACCCUGCGAAACUAUAACACCACCCCGUGAAACACCAGCUCCUUCAACACCGAAAAGCUCUCCACCCACAACACCACCCUGCGAAACUAUAACACCACCCCGUGAAACUCCAACUCCUUCAACACCGAAAAGCUCUCCACCCACAACACCACCCUGCGAAACUAUAACACCACCCCGUGAAACUCCAGCUCCUUCAACGCCGAAAAGCUCUCCACCCACAACACCACCCUGCGAAACUAUAACACCACCCCGUGAAACUCCAACUCCUUCAACACCGAAAAGCUCUCCACCCACAACACCACCCUGCGAAACUAUAACACCACCCCGUGAAACUCCAACUCCUUCAACACCGAAAAGCUCUCCACCCACAACACCACCCUGCGAAACUAUAACACCACCCCGUGAAACUCCAACUCCUUCAACGCCGAAAAGCUCUCCACCCACAACACCACCCUGCGAAACUAUAACACCACCCCGUGAAACUCCAGCUCCUUCAACACCGAAAAGCUCUCCAACCACAACACCACCCUGCGAAACUAUAACACCACCCCGUGAAACUCCAGCUCCUUCAACGCCGAAAAGCUCUCCAACCACAGCACCACCCUGCGAAACUACAACACCACCUUGCGUUUCCACAACUCCUUGUGGAGCACCUACAACCACACCAUGUGCAGAAACAACAACUACACCCUGCGAUUCAAAGACUCCUACUCCUAGCAGCAUAAUUGAAAAAUUAGUUUUGAAACCUCUGCGCAACAUUCUAAGUAGUGCUUCUGCAUGUAAUGACAAGUCUGAUGGUACCUUCAUGCUGGAUGAGAACCACUGCCGUCGUUUCUACGAAUGUCGCUCUGGCCGUCGCAUAAUGCGCAGAUGCCAGAAGGGCCAGUGGUUCGAUCGCGAGGCCAGUUCCUGUCGUAGCCGCGAGUUGGUUCUAAAUUGUCCAGCCCAGCGCAAUUAACCCAAUUAGGAAAUCGAUAGAUUUCUCUAUAUAACCUACUGUAUUAUAAUGCAAUAUCAUCAAUAAAAUGCGUUACAUCAUGCAAAA